AUGGAGGAAGUCCAAACAAGUUUUGAUAAAAUCCUGACUUUGACAGCUGAGGAAGCUGAUCCGCUGGUGAUUGAAGAAGAAGAUGAUGUUGUAGCUCAAGAUAUCCUGGAGAGAAGUUUAGUGGCAAAGAUCUACUCACCAAAACCAGUUCACAAGAAGUCUUUUAAGCACAGAAUGUUGGAGAUUUGGGAUCCAGUUGGUGAAGUCAAUAUCAAAGAUCUCCCAGGUAACCAUUUCUUGUUUACUUUUGAACGUAGGGAGGAUAAACAAAAAGUUUUAAAGUUUGCUCCUUGGAGAUUUGAUAAAAAGCUUGUUGUGUUAGAGGAGCCUGAUGGUACUGUGGCACCCUCUAAGAUGAAUUUAAAAUUUGCUGAUUUCUAG